UCUGGCUAGUAACACAUCGUCUCAUCCAUAGCUCGUACCUAAGAUGAGGAAAUCCUACUCUCUCUCUCUCUUUCUCUCUCGGUCUCUGCUUCUCUCUAACCGCCCCCUCCCCUUCUUUCUCCCGCCAAGGCACCUAGCCAUGUCGUGGGUGAGCACGAUGCGAAGUGCUCAGCGCAACGCCAUGCACGCAUGUUUGAGUCUAUGCACGUGUCUCUGUGCUGUGUGUGCGCAGGCUGGAUAUAUAUGCACAUGCGCAGGAUAGCGUCGUGUGUUAUAUACCUAUGUGGUAUGCAUGGUCUGGAACAACGACCUUGCUCUCCUCGACGG